CACUCCGUGCGUUUGGAUCUAGAACCAUGAUGGAAAGUACCGUUCACCCCGUGACAAGUCUGGGAGGACAAACAGUUCUGUCUUCACCCCUCGCAGACAGACCGUCGUGCAUGUUCUCAAUGGCCACGAUGUCCACUUCGCCCCACCCAUCACCCCUCACCCCCGGGAACAAGUCUCUGAGGAUGUCUAUGAAGGAGAACGCUAGGGAGGUGUCCCAGUGUCGCCGACGUCUCGACUUCUCCCCCCAUCAGACCUACCUCGGCUUCCAUCGUCCCCCCACAGUCGCCGUGGCACGGAGGAACGAGAGAGAGCGAAACAGAGUCAAAUUGAUCAACAUGACUUUUGCAACUCUCCGCGAGCACCUACCUCACGGCUCGAAAGGGACCAAGUCCAAGAAGAUGAGCAAAGUUGAAACUCUGAGAUCCGCUAUAGAAUACAUCCGUCAUCUUCAGGGUAUGAUUGGGGACCCCGAAGCCAUGAGGGCUGUUCUUGAAGGCAGUCGGGCAAUGAUUGAGGGGGCAUGUUCCAUGUCCCCCGAGUCAUGCCUCUCCCCUACCCCAUCAACAAGUUCUCCGUCACCCUCACCCUGCUCCACAGAUUCCUCGUACGAGACGCUCACUAUCGAUGAGGAUGAUCUGAUCGACUUCGCCAACUGGUUCUGAACCUAUCCAGGUGGACCUAUCACGUGAUCUCACUAGGACUUCUCAUUGGCUACCCAAGUGUCAGACCGCUCCCCUCCAGGCACACAAAGAAGGGGGUACGUGGAGGGGUACGGAACGUAACCUUUGCAACAAGAUAUUGGCGUCAUGGAGACUAAACAAAGAGUUAGGAAGAUGAAGACGCUGAUUCCCCACCCCAUCCCCCACCCCCACCCCAAACAGUGCUCAAGUCAGUAUUACAUAUCUUUAUACACGUGGUGCUAGAACGGACCACCGAUCUCAGAUGACAAACGAUGGAGAAGUCAAACUUUUAUUUAUUGUAUCAAAUGUGCGCGUGAAUGUGUUACUUUGCCGUGUUUGUUGAAGAGUUCGUAUCUUUAACGAGCCAAUUUGAACUGGUACGACCAACUGCCUUUACGCGGCUGCUCUCUGUUUACCAGUGUUAGCUGUUCAAACAAUUUUAUUCCAGUUAUCAAAUAUUUUACUAUGAUUAUUCUUAUCCGGGAGAGGAAGGAACGGCUAUCUGCGUGUGAAUGUGCCCGGCCGUAAACUCCGGGAAGACGUCCUGUCCUUGUGUGGAGUUUGCCCGUCGCAGAUAUCCGGAUCGAGUUAGGAUUAUCAGAUUUCUCAUUUACUACUUGAAAAGUGGAGAGUUUUCUAUUUUUACAUUGUAUGUACAUACUCAUUGUUAAUUUAUGAAUAUAUUGUAUCAAAUUGAGAUUUAUUAUAUUUUUGUCGAUGAAAUAAAGAUAUGUUUCAAAGUA